UGGAAAACGAAACUGACGACUCGGAGUUUCCCGAGAAGAAGUCCGCAGCUCAAAGACCAGCUGGACAGUAUUUAAGGGAUUAGCAGCCGUGGUUGAACGACAGUUCGUCACACAGCAUUAGCGCCUGUAACUUUAACACCUGCUGCCAUUAUCCUGCACCGUGUAUCUGAUUUCUGACCCCGAAGACGACUGCACUUGAACUCAACAUCUCACCUGUACCGGCUGAAACCUCGUCAUAACAAAAAUGUCUCACUCUAAACCACUGCUCAUCCCAUGGCUGAGAGCUCAGAUUGACAGCGGCAAGUAUCCCGGUGUUCAGUGGACAAACCCGGAACGAACAGAGUUCUCCAUCCCGUGGAAGCACGCUUUAAGACAGGACUCCUCAGACACUGACAUUCUCAUCUUUAAGGCCUGGGCAGAGGUGAGUGGCAACGGCCGGGCUCAGGGAGACCCCUCAGUCUGGAAGAGAAACUUCCGCAGCGCCCUCCGAGCCAAGGGCUUCAAAAUCCUUGACGACAACAAGAACGACGCUGCCAACCCCCAUAAGGUGUUUCGCUGGCCAGACGAGUCAGCAUCAGGAGCCACGUCUUCUCCUGGAUCCAAGGACCAAGAUGACCCUGAUUUUUUUGAGGAUUGUGGCCUUCCUACGCAAGAAAGCCAGGUUGUCUCAUGCUUGGAUGACUGCCUCUACCUUCCAGAAGAAGCUGUAUUUUCAGCAGAAUCCACUGUCAAUCAUGAUAUUCUCCAGGAGUGUCUAAGGGGACUGAACAUUGGCCCUGACACAGAGGGCACCGCAGGUUUCGAGCCUCCUCCCGAGCAACAGCAGCUGCACAAUCAGGUUGCGAUUGGUGGAUAUGCGUUGCCUGGGCAACAGCAAUAUCCAGUAGCGUUUGAGGGUGCAGACAGUGAAGCUGGGUUGCCCGAGCAACCGGCAUGUCCAAUAGGGGAAGCUGUGGGAGGGGCCUGUGGUGGGCAGCUGGCGGAGCAGUUCCUUCAUACCAUGAGCAAGACCAGCAAUGGAGAUAAUUUCAGGACUCAGUUCAGGGUAUCAGUGUACUACAGAGGGGUGAAGGUGUCUGAACAGCUGGUUGAGAAUGAAGCUGGGAUCCGCUUAGUCUACAGCCCUGAGCGCAUCGAGACAGUUCUUGACAACGACUCAGGCCUUGCCUUGGUCUUUCUGCCAAGUCCUGGAGCUAUGUUGGAUCAAAUUCAAGCCAGGCUGACUAAGCGCAUCCUGGACAAGCUAGGCAAUGGUGUGGACAUAGGGGUGUCAGGCCAUGUGGUCUAUGGCCAUCGACGGGGGGAAAUCAAAGCGUUCUGGAGCUUCUCCAAGUUUGAUCGUAGCGGACAGCCCCAAGAGAUCUCUAAACUGGAGCCUCAACCGCUUUACAUGUUCAGGGACUUUGUGCGAGGAAUAUUGGACUUCAUUGAUGGGAGAGACUGCCCCCCCUGCUCGCUGUUCUUCUGUCUCGGGGAGAAGUGGCCCGACCCAGACAACAGGCCUUGGGAGAGGAAACUCAUCACAGUGGAGGUGGUGCUGACUUCAAUGGAGUUGCUGAAGAACAUGGCUGUUGUAGGUGGCGCCUCCUCCCUGCAGUCUGUGGAGCUGCAGAUGUCCUUGGAAGAGAUGAUGGAGAUGUGCUGAUGUAGUUUGCUGAGCCUGAAGAGAGUCAUUGUUUACCCUUUUUUCUAAUCUGUAACCAUGGCAAGAACAUCUCAGAAAUAACCAUACUUACACAUUUUAGGAACAUUUUAUAUCCUGUUUUUGAACUCAGUAGGGCAGAUCAGGUAACAGUGUUAAUAAUUACACUGCUCAAAAGAGCAAAGCAACAUAAAUGCGUGCUUUUAAAUGAACGCACACCUUGACAUUUUUUACAUAAAAUAAUGAGACAGAUCAGGACAUAUUUGAUAGGAUCUUUCUUACAUUCAUGAUAUUAUUGGUGCUUGUGUUUAUUAAAAGUGAAGACCACAUUUCCUUGCUGCAAGAGAAUGAGCAAAAGAAAAGAGCUCUGUCAGUCAGCUCGAGAGGUACACAGUGACUCUUUUCACUCAUUCUGCACUCAGCUCUUGCAAAUGAUGUCUUCGUGCUGAAAUAAGUGCAUUCCUCCUGUUUUUUGCUACAAAGCAAAAACAGAUUUUCCUCUCAACUGAUUUGAAUGCAUGCAAUGUAUGAUACCAUCCAAAGGCUGAGUCAUCUUGUUGAUGAUCUUAUUUGUUAUUUGUUUAUUAUUAUUAUAUUAUUCAUGCAAAUGUCUGAAUGAUUUACAUAUAUUCCUACAUGUAGUAACUUGGUUUCACAAAGAACCCCUCAACAAAACUGAGAUACUGUGUGUUCAACAGUAAGAUGAUUAAAUUGUAAUAAUACUCAAACCCCAAAUCACAGAAAACAGUAAAGCCUUCAACAGUUAAGGUCACAGUUAAAGUUGGAUUGUAAUGUUCACAUUGAUUCAGUUACACAGAUGUGAUCAGAGCAUCUGGAAUCAGUCUGAAUGUUUGUCACAUUAGAUUUAUGGCACAGUAUGUUAAAUAUACACCUGAGCACAGGAUAGUUUGUGCAAAAA